UCGGGCGCACAGCGGUAGCCAGGAAGCUCUUAAGCGCGGGUCCCGACGCCGAGUUGCACCGUCGUCAGAAACUAUAGCUGAUCAAAAAAAAAAAAAAAAAAAAAAACGAGUAAAAAUGUGCAACGUGCGCAUGGCCAGAGAAACUUGACGGAUCCAACUGAGUGAAAUCUCCUUUCCCUCAGUUGGGUUCGUUAAGUAGGAAACCAAGGAAGGCUGUAAACGUCCCACUCACCCACGCCCCAUCGACUCCUCGCCGACGUUCAACAUAUUUCACGAAGCGUAGUGCUCUUUGUCGUGUACUUAUGCCCCGACCUUUCAUAUUGACGUGGGUUUUCCGACCGCGAACUUUAUCAAGCCUUUCCAGUAUAUAUGGUACGCUGUGCACGAAACUCAUGCUGAGCCAAUGCCUAAGCACCGAUAUAUAAGCGCGCCAACCCUGAACGAAAUAGUACUCAGCUUCUGUGCUCUUGGCUUUUGCACUCAACGACCACGAUACUUGCCAUGGCUCGUGCUGUGACUUUCACCCUGCUAGUCGCGCUGGCAGCUCUUGCAGUAGCAAACUCUCAAAGAAGGCCAUUCAACUUCAAGUUUACACCACCUCCUCCACGACAUAGCUUCAGCGUCGAAGCCUCUGGUGGCGGCCAGAACCACCGCAACUUCAAUGUGGGCGGCACUGUACGCGGAGAGUACGACGUGUACCGAGGCAAGGGCGGCACUCGAGUGGUCGUCUCCGGCUCAGUGUCACACGGCGCGACCCGCGUCGACGGCAAGACGUACAAAGGCAGGCCUCAGGGCCAAGUGGGCAUCGGCCUCGAGGUCCCCAUUGGAAAGGGCCGAUGAGCUUCGUGCCACCUGCAUUUAUGCUGUGACGACCAGCUUCGUCGAAUAAAAGAAUGGGUUCAUUUCGCCCCUCGUCUUGCUUCGAAGAAAAUGAUAGGUACUUACGAGAGCCCAGUCCAGUGCGCAAGCUUAUUUAUAGUCAUAACAGCGGCGCUAUAGCACUCAGCCUCUGCUCAGUAAUAGACACCACUUCCAUGUUUUGUACGCGACACAUUGGGCUGAGUACAGGAAGGUGUCGACGUGCUGCAGUCAUGAGUUAUGACUU